GAAGACGACAGAACCGCUAAACCCUAUUCUUUUUUGCUCAUCAAAUCAAAUCGGUGCUAACAACAUGGACAGCGAAGGCAACCACCAACGCGACACCGUUUCUUCUCCUUCAUUGACUGAUGAAACAUUAGCCAAAACCCUAACAUCAUCGUGUUCACUUCACGCGCCACCACAACUUCCCACUGUUACUUUGGAUCUCAUUUCAGAAAUUCUAACUAGACUUCCAGUGAAACACCUCCUUCAACUCAAAUCUGUCUCCAAGUCAUGGAAUUAUCUUAUCUCCGAUCCCAAAUUCGCCAUAAAACACCUCCGCCUCUCAAAUACGUACCUCGUCCAUCCCAAUCGCUCAAGCAACAAUGUUCUACAGUCUUACCUACUCGACUCUAUUUUCACCGACGAUGUAACAACUAACUCCUCCAUCGCGCAGCUUGAGCUACCUUCCAACCAGUUUUCCUGUGUUGGCUCGUUCAAUGGCAUCCUACUUCUUGUAAGUGAACAUGGAGGCUUCCUGAAUCUUCGAUUGUGGAACCCUUCCAUUCGAAAAUUCAAGGAAUUGCCCUCUCUUGAAAAGAAACAAAAUGUUCUUCGUCACGAAUUAAUCUAUGGCUUUGGCUAUGAUGUUACUGCUAAUGCUUACAAGGUGGUGGUUGGUUUACACGUACGUGAUACUAACCAUGAGGUGAAAGUUCAUGCUUUGGGCACCAAUUCUUGGAAAACCAUUCCAAAAUUUCCUUUUGGUUGUGUUCCUUUGCAAUUUUUGGGAAAAUCUGUGAGUGGCACCAUCAAUUGGUUGGUUGCUAGACAGUAUGAUAACAAAUUUCAAGAUUGUAUUGUUUCACUUGAUCUGGGAAGCGAGUCUUGUAAGGAAGUUUUGCUGCCGAAGGAGGUGGAUACAUCUACUCUGCGUUUGCGUUGGUACUUGGGUGUGUUGAGGGAUUGUUUGUGCCUGGUGUUUGGUCACGAUGUUUGGAUUAUGAAGGAACAUGGAAAUAAUGACUCGUGGGCUAAGUUGUAUAGUGUUUCUUUCAUGCGAGAUUUUCCUUCAUCUUUUGCCACUAUUGAAGUACUACAUAUUUUUAAGGAUGGCUGUUUGUUGUUGGAUUGUAUUUAUGAAGGGGAAAGGACACGGAAGUUGGUUUUUCACAAUUCUAGAAAUGGCACUUUUAAGUUUAGUGAGUCGAAAAUCAUGCGUGACGUAUGCGUUGAGAGUUUGAUAUCACCUUGUUCUUAAUGCUAGAAUGCAGAUGUGGGGCUAUAUCACUUGAGAGUGAGACUAAACUAAAACCUUUAUGUCAAUUUCUAUUUAGGAUAUUUAUUUUGUACUUGUUCUGAUGAUUGGUUACUUCAUGGAUUAUUGUUAAGGUUCAUUUGAAUAUGCAGUAGUUAUUUUUAUUUAUUUUUGUUAGAAGGUUUUGUUCUCUCAUGCCUUUCAUUUUAUAUAGUUCAAAAUCGUGCAUUGAUUUACUUGGUUUGAGGUUAGAUUUUCUAAUUAUCAACUUAGAUGUUAUCCCAAAAUCAUGUUUUUUAACAUGCCCUGGUCAUUGUGAAAAUGACAUGUCAUGCCUUUUACUAUUUGGUUCUUCUCAACAUGACUUAUCCCCAUACCAUUUUUUCUUACUUUUUCUGGUAUCCUUAAUGGAAGGGAAAACUUCUGCUAAGUAAUGUGGAGAUCAAGUUCAAGUCCACAUUCUGUCCAAAAUAUGAACAUUGAAUUAAAAUGAAAGAGAAGGAUGAGGAAUUAGUUCAUGACUUUGACUUCAAAGCCAUUUUUGGGAUGUACUUGAUGUGUGUCCUCGUAUUAAUAACAUAACAUGAUGCUGUUUAGUCUGAAUAUGUAGGUUGCAACUGAAAUUGUUUCACUAAUAGAAAAAUAUGUAGCAACUUUAAGCUAUUCUAGUUUUUUCUAAUAGACAUUGUCAUUUUUUUUAACUAGAAUAUUCUAGAAAUAUGUAUCAAUUUCAAAGGUUAUUGUUUCAAAGUGUAUUGUUGCAUUGCUUCCAAAUACUCUGCAAAAUACAAGCAAACAGCGCCGCUUCAUCCCCUGAGAGCUGCUGUGGUACCUUGAAAAUAACAUCUGCUGCAGAAUUUGAAUCAUCACUAUCUUCUUACCUUAACUCUCGAUUUUUCUCAACGCGGCAAAAUGCUUCAUAGCAGAAUAAAGGUGCAACAUCACUAUCUUCUUGCUAUGGAAAAAGUGCAAUGAUUUGGUGGACAAAUUCUCUACUGCUUAUGAUAGACAUACCAGAAGGGGUGGACGAACUGCUUUCAUGUGAAUGUCGCCUUGUUGCUCGUUUCUAGAUGUCUUGCUUUGGACAGCUUCGAUGCACUUUUCCCACUCUGUAGGCACAAAUUUUUGUCUUCUUCUCUUUGAUGCUUAGGCAUUGGUUAUUAAGAGUAGUGUUAUUUGAACAACUCUUUUAGUACAACUUUUGUGACAACCUUGUUAUUCUUUCUUCUCAUUGGUCAAUAACAAUGGAGAGAGAAAAAGGAAGAGAGAGAAUAAGAAGAUAAUGUGAGUAUGAAAGAGAAAGUUGUACAAAAGUUAUACAAAUAUUAUUUCUCGGUUAUUAAAGCUUAGUAUUGUUUGGGUUUAAAGAGUAUAGGGAGUAAAAAAGUUCGUGGGAAAUGACCAUAUUACGACCCCACCCCAAAGAAAAAAGGAAAUGUGUUGGUUUUUACAUUUGUGUAACAAAAUUGCAAGUUGAGGGCACACGAGUUCAUGGCAUGAUACAAGUUUUCAUUUUGAU